AUGGCUUCCUUCCUCUCCAUUUCUAUGGUCUUCUUCUUCUUAAUAGCUCAGAUCAAAUCGGAGGCCACCGAUCAGUCAGUUAAGACCUUCAUUUUCAGAGUCGACAGAUUCUCCAAGCCCUCCAUUUUCCCGUCCCAUUACCACUGGUACACGUCAGAGUUCGCCGACCCGCCUCAAAUUCUCCACCUAUACGACACCGUUUUCCACGGCUUCUCCGCCGCUCUCACCUCCGACCAAGCCGCCUCCCUCAGCCACCACCCCGCCGUCCUCCACGUCUUCGAAGACCGCCGCCGCCACCUCCACACCACCCGCUCGCCGCAGUUCCUGGGGCUCAGAAACCAGCGCGGGCUCUGGUCCGAAUCCGACUACGGCUCUGACGUCAUCGUCGGGGUUUUCGACACCGGAGUCUGGCCGGAGCGUCGGAGCUUCUCGGAUUUGAAUCUCGGCCCGGUGCCGAAGCGGUGGAGAGGUGUGUGUGAGACCGGAGACCGAUUUGCGGCGAGUAAUUGUAACAAGAAGCUGAUCGGAGCUAGGUUUUUCAUCAAAGGCCAUGAAGCCGCGGCCAAUGCCGGUGGUCCGAUGACGGCGAUCAACGGCUCGGUGGAAUUCCGGUCUGCAAGAGACGCCGACGGCCAUGGGACACACACGGCGUCCACCGCCACCGGCCGGUACGCCUUCGAGGCCAGCAUGUCCGGUUACGCUUCCGGAAUCGCUAAAGGAGUUGCUCCGAAAGCUCGCUUGGCUGCCUACAAGGUCUGCUGGAAAGACUCCGGUUGCUUCGACUCCGAUAUCUUGGCCGCCUUCGACGCCGCCGUGAAGGACGGCGUCGACGUCAUUUCAAUCUCAAUUGGAGGCGGCGAUGGAGUUUCCUCUCCUUAUUAUCUCGAUCCGAUUGCGAUCGGAUCAUACGGCGCCGUUUCGCAUGGAGUGUUUGUUUCCUGCUCCGCCGGAAAUGACGGGCCGAAUGGAAUGUCGGUGACGAACCUUGCGCCGUGGCUGACGACGGUCGGAGCAGGUACAAUUGAUCGGAACUUCCCGGCGGUGGUGGUUCUAGGCGACGGCCGGAGACUCUCCGGCGUUUCUUUAUACGCUGGAGCUCCGCUGAAGGGGAAGAUGUACCCGGUGGUCUAUCCCGGACAAUCCGGUAUGCUCUCUGCUUCGCUGUGCAUGGAGAAUUCCCUGGACCCGCGUCAGGUGAGGGGCAAGAUUGUAAUUUGCGACAGGGGAAACAAUCCGAGAGUGGCGAAAGGUAUGGUGGUGAAGAAAGCAGGAGGCGUUGGAAUGAUCUUGGCUAACGGAAUCACGAACGGCGAAGGACUCGUCGGCGAUGCUCAUCUCCUCCCCACCGCAGCUGUCGGCGCAGACGAAGGUGACGCCGUCAAGGCUUAUGUCUCCUCCACAAGAUAUCCUUCAGCAACUAUCGACUUCCAAGGGACUGUGAUCGGAAUCAAGCCAGCUCCGGUGGUGGCUUCGUUUUCGGGUCGUGGCCCUAACGGGUUGAACCCGGAGAUUCUCAAGCCGGAUCUGAUCGCUCCGGGAGUCAACAUCCUAGCUGCUUGGACUGACGCGGUGGGACCUACCGGGUUGCAGACGGAUAACCGGAAAACAGAGUUUAAUAUCCUCUCGGGAACAUCAAUGGCUUGCCCUCACGUGAGUGGCGCCGCCGCUUUGCUCAAGUCUGCUCACCCGGAUUGGAGUCCGGCGGCGAUAAGAUCGGCGAUGAUGACGACAGCGGGGAUUACUAACAAUCUGAACAAGACCAUGACUGAUGAAGCCACUGGAAAGCCCUCCACUCCUUAUGAUUUAGGGGCGGGUCAUUUGAAUUUGGAUCGGGCCAUGGACCCGGGUCUGGUAUAUGAUAUCACCGGAGAGGAUUAUGUAAGGUUUCUCUGCUCGGUCGGGUACGGGCCUAGAGUAAUUCAGGUGAUCACUCGGUCACCGCCCAAAUGUCCCGGGAAAACGACUUCGCCGGGAAAUCUCAACUACCCGUCAAUUGCGGUGUUGUUUCCGACUUCCGCGGCGGGGCUGUCUAGCAAGACGUUUGUUCGGACGGUGACGAAUGUGGGCCAGCCCAAUGCGGUGUACAGGCCAAUGAUCGAGGCGCCGAGAGGAGUGAAGGUGACGGUGAAGCCGUCGAAGCUGGUGUUCACGGAGGCGGUGAAGAAGCGGAGCUACUUGGUGACGGUGGCGGUGGAUAGGAGCAACUUGGUGCUGGGUGAGUCGGGUGGGGUGUUUGGGUCGUUGUAUUGGAGCGAUGGGAAGCAUGUGGUUCGGAGCCCCAUUGUGGUGACCCAAAUGGAUCCCUUGUAAGACUAGGAAGGAUCAAAACACGUCGUUUUGUUGGGGGGUAUUAAGGCUAGGUGUACAAGUUGGAACCUGUAGUAGAGGGUUUUGUGGGUUUUGUGUGAGGGUUUGGUCUGGUAGUGUGGAAAAGGAAAAUUUCCCACUUUCUUUUAAUUUGUUUGUUUUUUUUGUUUUUUUUUUAUUUCCUUACAUAUUAAUACCCUCUCCAAUUAUAUGAA